AUGCAAAAAGUGAAGAAUUUAACUUUUUUUCCAGGUCAAGAGGUUGAGCUUACGAUGCAUGAUGGCACAGUGAGGGAUAUCUGUUUUAUUGAAGACUUGAGCAAUAAGUCCAGCUUACUCAUAAGUGGAGGCGCAGGAGAUUGCAAGAUUUAUGUGACUGACUGUGCAACAGGAACCCCAUUCCAGGCAAUGUCAGGACAUUCCAUUCAGUUGCAUAUCUUUACUUUUAUAGGUCAUGUCCUAAGUCUGUACACAUGGGGAGGAGCAGAAUUUGCAAGUGGAGGUCAAGAUAAAACUAUUCGUUUCUGGGAUCUUCGGACAAGAGGUUGUGUGAAUGUCAUUACCCCUCAUACCAUCACUCCUGGUACCAGAGUAAGUUUUGUGAUCUUUCCACCAUAUUGUACAAAUUCAGGACCAGCCUUAUUGGAUUUUUGA